AUGUCGAUUGGUAAAAUAGCGGAAUUUAAUAUACGGACGGACAAUUGGCGGUUAUAUGUGGAGCGUCUAGAACAAUAUUUUAUUGUUAAUAAAAUAGCAAGUGAGCUAAAAGUGCCAACGUUAAUCACCGUAGUUGGAUUAGAGUGUUAUGAACUAUUGGUGGACUUGUGUACUCCCGACAAGCCGUCAUCGAAAACGUUCGAACAGUUAACGAAUACAGCGAAGAGAGUGACGAGUUCCAAAUAUUGUGAAGUAUUUGCGGAGGGCCUGGGACGGUUCACCGGCGGCGCGGCGAGCAUUCACAUACGGGAGGGAGCGCGGCCGGUGUUCAUGCGUGCGCGUCCCCUGGCGUACGCUCUGCGCGGGCCGGUGGAGCGCGCGCUUGACCAGAUGGUGCGCGAUGGCAUCCUCACACCCGUUGAGCGCUCUGACUGGGCCACACCGAUAGUGCCAGUUAUGAAGAAAGACGGCGGCGUGCCGCGCGAUUUGCAAUUAGGAGACCAAGUUAUGGCUAGGGGCUAUGGCGGUAAAGAUAAAUGGCUAGACGGUACGGUGAUAGGUAGAGAGGGUUCACAAAGGUACAUUGUAGAAAGCGGUAACGGUCAAAGGUUUCACAGACAUAUUGAUCAAAUAAAGCGCAAAUCCCGUUAUUCGGUCGCGAUGAGCUCAGCAAGUGAUAAGGAGGUCGUCGCGCAGCCAGAUGAGAAAGAGAGCUUAGAAUUAAAUACUGAAAGUGCAGGAAGUCGAAUUUGUAGGGAGGAGGAUAAGAGUAUGACUGAUAAACGGGCAGAGGAUCCUUUACUUAUUGAUUCUUGUCCCUCAAGUAGUUGCUCGCCUCCGUCACCGCUGGACUGUCCCAAGCGCCAAAGAAAACUGGUUUUGAGAUAUGGAAUAGAUACC